UCAUAAUAAUUAAUUUGUAAAUGUAAUAAAAUCUCUUUUUUCUUAUUACAUAUAUAUGAAAAUAAAUAAACAACGAAAAAUGACUUCCCCCACACAAGUGUUAAAAAGUAUUGGACCAAAAUUGGUUCCAUUCCUGAAGACAAGUGCCGUAUUUUUUGUGCUACAAAGUCGUAUCGAAAAAGAAACAUGGCUUUAUUUGCUAAUCAAAUGUAUACCAAUUUUAUGUCUAAUCAUGUUCGUUUUACUUCAUGGUAUGAGUUUUUCAGAUGAAUACGCCUAUUCUCGUCGAAUCAUAUUAGGUUUGGUAUUUUCAUGUCUUGGCGAUGCACUUUUAGUUUGGCCAAACAGUCAUUUCCUGUAUGGUAUGGUCGCUUUUGGGAUCGCACACAUUAAUUAUGUAGCGGCAUUUGGUUUCAAACCAAUAAACCUGCCCCUUGGAAUUAUUAUGUAUUGUACGACAAUUGCAGUUAACAGCAUCUUAUUAAGGGAACUGGAAGGUUUAUUACUCAUAUUUGUACCAGCUUACAGUUUAUUGCUUACGACGACCACAUGGCGUGGAAUCGCAAAAGUUCAACUAUUUGAGGAACUAUGGACGUGGACUAAAUUAUGCUCUUGUAUCGGUGGAAUUUCAUUCUUAAUAUCGGACACAAUUUUGGCGUUUAAUUCAUUCUACGCUCCAAUUCCAUACGGUGAUGAAUUAGUAAUGUCCACAUAUUAUUUAGCGCAAUUAGGAAUCACAUUAAGUAUAGUGGAUUCAAAAGAUUGCUAUCGAGCGGAACAAGCAAAAAAACAUCAAAUGGAAGGUAAAACAGAAACAUCUAAUGUUGUGAAAACAAAGAAAAUCAAAGAACAUUGAUGAAAAAAGAUUUAGAAGAAUGAGAUUUCUUUUUGAGAUCACGUUAAUUUAAUUUUAUAGGAAAUUAUUUAAAUAAAUUUGAUUUUUAACUCAGUUCUUAUAAAAUAAGAAAUUUUUAAAGUAAUUAAUCAUUUUUUGGUGGACAACGAGAUUGGAACAGUCCCUUCCACAAAGAUUUUAUCGAAGAAUAUUUAAAGAAUUAAAAUUGUCAGAAAUCAAAAAAUCUAAAUACACUUUAAGCAACCUUCUAUCCACGAUUACGUAAAAAUCUACGGUUGGUCGAAGAUUAUCUACAUAUCCAACGCCUAAGGGACAAAUUUCUUUAACUUUCCCCGAAAUAUUGACCACAGAUGUCGAGUAUAUUCACGUGAAUAUAAAAUGUUCUUUAUUCUCUACCAAAAAAUGAUUUAAUUCGUUAAUAAUUUUGCUGAAAUGUUUCAAAAAUGGGAAAUAAUUUUCCAUAAAAGUGAUGUCAGAUGGUGAUAUUAAGUAAAGGUACUUUUGAAAGAGUAGUUUUAUGCACCCAAAUGUUCCUUGUGUGGCAUCUUCUGGGUUAGGUGACUUUUUUUUAUUGGAAAAGUGUAAAAGACUGAAUUAUUAGACUGAAAGAUGUUUUUCUUGGUUAAUUAAAAGUCACUUAAAAAUAUGCGUCAUUUUAGUGAUGAAGCUAGGUCAUGGAGGUAUUAUAGAAGAGGAGAUGCAGUAACGUUGCACUUAGUCAAGCAGUUAUUAACUAUUUCACCAAAAAAACCCAUUUAUUUCAAUACUUUGUCCAUAAUCGCAUAUAGGUUAGGUUAGGUUAGAGUGGCUGUCCUGGGGUGGGACACACUUAGACCAUAAGGUCCGUUGUGAUACCGUAAAUGGGUUGGCCCAUCCCCGU